AUGGACCCAGUUCCUACGUCAAUACAGAAGGUUCAGGCAUCACUCGAGCCUUACAUCAAACCACGGGAGCAAGUGGCGUACAUUCGACGCGCCCUAGCUCUUCAUCUUCAAGCUUGUGGUCAUUCAUCAAUGAUACGGGAGCCACUCUCGCUUGCCGAUGCAUUAUGCAGAGUUACGCCGACGCAAGAGGUUAGGGGCCUGCAAAAGGAGUAUCUUAGAGCCCUAGAUGCAAACCUCAAGGCUCGCAACGAAUACAAGAACACGAGAGAUGAGACGACGACGGCAGCUCCAUCCCUGCACAAGAAUCUCGAUUCUAGAGAUCAGGUCGAAGAGCAUGUUGCUCUCGUCAAACUGGGACAGAAACGCCGACGUCUCCAGGCGGUGCAUAAAUAUCUGGACCUAUUAGUGCGCCAGCCUGCAGCAUCUUCGGACUUUCUCGAUCUGGAGGACAUAUUCAGAAACUCGCCAGCUCUGCCAAAUGUCCCCAAGGAUGUGGUGAGCGGCUUUGCAGUUAGUGCCAGCACAGCCAAAACGGACCUGGGCGGGCUGGCUGGUCAGCUGGAAAAGGUCGUCCUCAGGGCCAAGCUGCUUCUGAAGCGUGAAGAGCAGCUUUUGGCGGAUGUUCGACAAAGUACAAUGUCGCUGGCUGGCCAAGUCAGCGACGAGGCGAAAGCACAUGCCCUGGACGCAACCAGGACGGAGCUGAUCAACUGGAUCGAGGCGGAGCUUAGUAAAGUGUCAGGGGAGUCGGAAGACAAUACGUCGUCCCAGAGGAACGGUUUCAAUUCUCGGUCUGAACAAGAGACUAUCGACCGACAUUUGGCCGAGAUCAAGGACAAGUACAGAAGGUACACUGCGGCGAGGAAGACGGUGCUCAGCGUCAUCUCUGAGCAAAGACAGCCGGUCCUGAAACCCGGCAAAGAGAACACACUCAGCUCUGGUCAGAGCCACAGCAUAACGCUAGCACCCACUGCCCACCUCCUUGUACCCUACCUCGACAAGCUCCUUUCCCUGUCGCGAGAGCAAAAGGGCAUGAUUGCCCAAAAAUCACAUGUUCACAACAUCCUAGUCAAGCAGGCCAAGGAGACCCGGCAGGCGCUGGACCAUCUGGCCGAGGAAAGCCAACUUCUCCCAAGGCACCCGAUGUCUGGCACAAGCAGACCCAAGUCUAGUUUUGGAGAGGACUUCUCCGCCGUCGUUUCUGAGAAGUCGAUGUCUUCGGAUAGCGUCAAGCCUUGGGUGUCCGCGGCGGACUCGGCAAAGAUUGCGACUUUGGAAGUAGUGGCGGAGAAGAUCGAGGAAGGCCAGGUCGCGCUAGAAAGCUCCAUGGCGGCGCUUCAGGAAAUUGAUAGACUGCUGGGUCAAGGACGCCAGGUGCCCGAAAGAGAGGCGGUGGGAGAUGCGACAGAGGAAGAUAUUUGGCUGGGACAAGGAUCAGCCAACAAGGGCGGUGCAAGGAAGCAUGCCACGCAUCAGAGAAAGGGAUCAACGGCCAAACCUGACGACAUCUGGUCUGCUGUUGAUGGAAAACUUGGUCUCAUCGGUCAAGAAGAUCAUACUUGA